CUCGAAGUACUCGUCGGCGACGCGUCGUAUUGUAUCUCUACCUUGUUUGAGGAGGAGAUUGGCUUGAGAUUGAGAUACUUUAGAAUAUAAGUAAGUUAAGUUCGUGCUGUUGCUGUUGCUGGUGUUAUUCUUGUAAAGCGAAUCUGAGUUCUGAAUUUAAGCCGGGUGGUGGUGGAUUCCGUGAACCGUGAUUCAGUUUCAGUCUUUAAAGAACAUCACUUCAUCACGGUAGUGAGUGGUGUUUUGUGCUCCCGGUCUUGUGUGUGAUUUGAUUUUCACGUGCGAAUAAAUUUCUGUUUGAAAUAUAAAAAUCAAUCUUUUCAAAGUGGUCUUGCUAAUCUCGUUUGUACAUUUUAAGCUCGUCGCUCGAGAGACGAACAGUCGGUAUCUCGGUACUUUGUGCCCUUGAAAAUAAGGGUUGUAUGAAUUUGAAGCCGGUUUUCAAAUUCGAUUGUUGCAAAAACAACCCUUUUCAAUUGUGUGCACCUAUUUCUUCGUUAAAUUCAAUAGAAAGAAAACAAAAUCAAACUGUAAAAAUAUAAAAAAUAAAUCCUUGAAUUCAAGAAACGUUGUAUUUUAUGUGUUUCUAAAAUUUAUAUUGUUCUCGUUACAAAUGAUUGGUCAAGCGAAAGAAAGAUUUGAAAUUAUUUUACCCUAAAAAAUAACACACAACAAAACAAAAACCAAAAACCUGAUAAUUAUUAUUUAAACGAGGAUUAGUCAGAGCUAAUCUCUUUCUACCUCUACUAAGCAUUUUGAAGCUUAGAGCUCUUAUACCUCUUAUAUACCUGAAGCGCGCACUGGUAUUUUGAAAUUUUAAGUGUUUCUUGUGGAUUGUGUAUAUUUCGUAAUUAUGAACAAUCAUCAUUGCCAGUACAGUUACCUCUAAGAUUAAUUAAAAACUGGUAUCAAAGCGAUAAGGAACUAAAAGUGUUAACUUUUAAAUAACACAUCAAACAAAUAUUGCAUUACUCACAUCAAAAAUACAAAAUAACUUAAAAAUGGAAACAGAAUCACUUAACAACAAAUCUACAUCACGACAAAAUUCUGUUGCAAAUGGCGGCAGUACGGGUGGUGGAGAUGAGAAACCCUCGGGAGGUGAUGGAGGCGGUGGAGAAGUCACACUCAAAGCCAAAAUGAGUCUGCUAAAUGGUGUCACAGUGAUUGUCGGAUCGAUUAUUGGUUCAGGAAUCUUCGUUUCACCAACAGGUGUUCUAAUGCACACGGGGAGUGUUAAUUUGGCAUUGAUUGUUUGGGUAGCUUCUGGACUGUUUUCAAUGGUUGGUGCUUACUGCUAUGCAGAAUUGGGAACAAUGAUAAGAAAAUCCGGUGCAGAUUAUGCAUAUAUCAUGGAAACCUUUGGACCAUUUAUGGCCUUCAUAAGACUGUGGAUUGAGUGUAUGAUAGUGCGACCAUGUUCACAAGCAAUUGUUGCACUAACAUUUAGCGUGUAUGUUUUAAAGCCAUUCUUCCCAGACUGUCAACCGCCAGAAGAUUCAGCACGAUUAUUAGCUGUGUGUUGUAUUUUGGUCUUGACGUUUGUAAAUUGCUGGGAUGUUAAAUGGGCCACAUGGGUGCAGGAUAUUUUCACCUACGCCAAGCUAUUAGCUUUGUUUAUUGUCAUUGCAACUGGCAUGUAUCAAUUAAGUCUGGGAAAAACUGAAUACUUCACAUUUGAAAAUACAAAUACUCAAGUGACUUCAUUGGCACUUUCAUUCUAUUCUGGAUUAUUCGCCUACAAUGGAUGGAACUAUCUCAACUUCAUUAUUGAGGAACUUAAGGACCCAGUGAAAAAUCUACCAAGAGCCAUUGCGAUAUCAUGCACUCUGGUGACGGUGGUGUAUUUGCUGGCUAAUGUUGCAUUCUACACAACUCUAUCGCCGGAAGAAGUCCUUGGGUCAGAAGCUGUCGCUGUUGCUUACGCUGAUAGGAUAUUUGGACAAUUCGCAUGGACAAUUCCUGUCUUUGUGGCAUUAUCAACUUUCGGAGCUGUCAACGGAAUCCUCUUAACGUCAUCACGACUUUUCUAUGCUGGCGCUUGCGAGGGACAAAUGCCUGAGAUUCUUACAAUGAUCCAAAUACAACGAUUCACUCCAACCCCUGCUGUUCUGGUAAUGGCACUCCUCUCGAUGUUGUAUCUUACAAGCUCCAACAUCUUUGCACUGAUUAAUUAUGUCGGCUUUGCCACAUGGUUGAGUAUCGGAGUGUCGGUCCUUUGCCUGCCAUGGUUGAGAUGGGCUCAACCCAACCUGCCACGACCAAUUCGUGUGCCCCUUGUCUUCCCAAUUGUAUAUUUGCUUGCUACACUUUUCGUCACCAUUGUCCCAAUGUAUGCUAGUCCGGUAGAGACUGGCUAUGGUAUUUUAAUGAUUCUGUCCAGUGUGCCAGUUUACUUGGUAUUUAUUGCGUGGAAAAAUAAGCCAUUAUGGUUCCAGAGAACAAUGGGUGGAUUUACACAAGUACUGCAAAAAAUGAUGAUGGUUGUUCGACCUAAAACUGCUUCCAAGUAAAUAUAACAAUUUUCCUGCAAAAGAUGCUCAUGGUUUUAGGAAAAACCAAACCAGCUCAGGUGUAAAAAUAAUAUAAAUUAAUUAAAAUUAAAAUAAAGAACAAAAGUAAAAAUUAAAAAAAAAAACAUAACUUAUACCUACAGUUUAAUAUUUAAUUAUUAUUUAGUUGCUUGUCGUAAACAUAAACAAACAAAUUUAAACAAGAAUCAAUAUAAAUAUUAUUAAUUAUACUUCAUACAAAAAAAAAGAAUAUAACAUUUCGUAUUUACAGAUUAUGUAUAUCUUUUCUUUUUUAAGUAUUUCAUUUUGCAUUUUAUUAAGUUUAAAAAGCACCCAUAUACAAAUUAUUGUGAAACUCAAUGCUUAGCAUUUUUUUUAA